AUCAAUAGCGUUGUUUAUGCACAUACAAUCAAUCCUGUUAAAUGGGCCCCUUGCCAAACCUCGUUUGUAUUUCACCGAACAGUAACUAUUAUAACUAAGGUACUGGUUUGUCCAAUUUGGCUUUCCAAAAAUGAAUGGUUUCAUUAAACGAUCUUGUCUACUUAUAAGUAUGUCUAAGAAAGUCUUCUGGAGGUACCUGAAAAGGAAAUUGGAUUAGAGGUGGUCAUAGUGACCUGAGAGCGUGACCGCAGUGCCCAAGGGACAACUGCUUGAGGUCGGUCACACACGACCUUUUUAUGAGUGAUUUUUGUGUUAGCUCCGUACUUGUUGAGUCCUUACCGCCGGAGACGGAUAUCCGUGGGAUAAGGCGAGGUGUGCAUUUUUAGGGUCGACCUUUUCUAACCCCACCCCUCCUUGUGGGAAGGCAGCAUCGCUGUCAUGCUGGUUGUCUGAAGGAAACACCUUACUGCUGUCACACCUCUGUACAGUCAGCAGUACGACUUCGCCUUCGGACCUUGGUUUUGUUGCUUUUAGUCUUGCCGCUCUUCAACCGACCUGUCUGGCAUGGUAGGACCUUGAGGAACGGUUGUUCCAGCCAGUAUAGCUCAGUUGCAUCAUCACGAUAGGCAAGCCCGACCACCACGUCAAGGUAGCAAAGCUAGUUGUUCUCCUCUUUUUCCUAUGAAAAACUGAUGUGGUUUAGAAGUGUUAGGUUUAUUCAAUAAACAAUCCAUAUCUUCCUUUCACAGAUAAUUAAGAUAUCAUCCACAUAUAUCUUAUAAAGAGACAUACUUUCAAUUACGUCUUUAGCUAGAUUUUCAACAUGUACUAUGAACACAUCUGCUAAUAAUGGUGCUAACGGGCUACCCAUAGCGAAUCCAUCGAUUUGGUGAAAGUAUUGACCUUCAAAUGUGAAUCGAACUUUAUCAGUGCAUAAUAAUAACAAGUCUUUGGGAAUUGUUAAAGGAAUAGGUAAUGUAAGGUUGAUCAAAGAUACAUAGUCACAUAAAAUAUUAAUAGUGUUUUUUUAAAGGUACAUUUAUGAACAAGGAAUUCACUCCAAAAGAACACAAUAUCUUCCCGUUGAUAAUAAUAUAAUCUGAUUAACCGACUGUGACAAAGGAGUCUUUCAGAGAAUACUUACAUAAAUACCUUCGGAUAGGAUCUAAUGAUAAUGUUAACCACUUAGCUAGGUGAUCGACUGAUUAAUAAAAUUAGGCAUAAAAGAAUGUUUAAUUUAUGAAUUAUAGGUUAUCCAUAUAAAGGAGGAUACUUAGAACCCAUAAGUUUUCAGAAAUUAAAUUCCUCUUUUUGCGUAGCAGUUUUAUUAGAUUUGAAUUAAUUCAUCCCUAUAGUUUCAGUGAAGAAAAUUUUGUUCCUUGAAAUAUCUUCAUUCAUCAUAAAUCAAUAUUAUUGAAGAGAUCUUCAAUUUCAUAAGAUAGAUAAAUGGGUAUCUUUUCAUACUAGAUGGUGGUUUGAGGUAGUAGACAGGAAACCCUGGAUCCGAGUUUCGUGCUACUUGGCACUCGUCAGCAAGGUGUACCUGUAAUCUUGAGGGAACUGGUUGUGGAACACACAAGCAUGACAUUGAUCACUAUCCAGUGAUCAAUCAAUUGUGAUCACAUCUCAGUCCGACAGGAAGUCAGUCGCGGCCCGGAUAGCUCAGUGGUAACGUCUCUGACUAUGAAAUUGGAUGACACAGGAUCUAAUCCGUGUGUGGAGUCACUUAGACUGGAGGCCACAUUGAAACAUGGUCGAUAGCAUUCGAUCUGCACCAAUAAGGACUUGACACACAUGACAGUGAUCACCACCCAGUGAUCAAUCAAUUGUGAUGCUUUCAUACCAAUGAUCGUUUGUUGGACUUUUGGUUAUUAUUUAGUAUUUUUCGUAUAGCAUAUAUAUAUAUAUAUAUUAAAAGUAUUUGUAUUCUCAAUAUAGUAAAUUGAUUGUGUCUCAUUAAUUAAGAAACAACUCUGCCUGGAGUCCCUCCGGGGGCCACUCCUGGUCCCAAGCCUAGAUAAAGGAGGAGGGUUGGGCAUGGGGUUAGCGACCACAUCCCGUAGAAAACUAACACGGUAAAAAAACGCUAACCAGAAAAAAAUCAUUCAAACCAUUUAAACUCUGCUCUAGGGGUUACAAGGUCUUCAUUUAGAAGAUUUAUAACGUCUUAUGAUGAAAGCCGAAUUCCUUAGGAAUUCACGAUGCUUAAAAUCCUUCUGACAAUCAGAAUAACCAUUAAUUUAGAUACAUGGAAUGCUCGUCAGAGUGGAUUGCGAAAUGUUGAUCGGUGGUUUAUACUCCAUUAGGAUUAACAGGCGUAAGGAAGUAAAUAUGAGUAUAUGAGGAACAAAUGAUUUCUGCAAACUAUCAUUUGGGAAGAUGAUUAUAUUACCUAUUAAUUGUUUCAAACAAAUUUUAACAAUUAUCUUGUUUUAGAAACAUUGUAAAAUAUUUCUUCUGUUUGUCAAAGAAUUCUUUAUUCAAUCAACAUAUUAUAAUAAAUGGUACUGAGAUUGUAAUGAACAUGAUCACCAAUAGGGAUCAUUGAAUGUACUUGAUACAAAAAUUACACAACCUGUUAAUCUAAUCUAACAAUCAUAUGUGGUAAAUGUUUAAUUUGUAAAAUGACCAUUAAUUGUCUGAAAAUGGACCACAUUUCAUUGUUUUUGUAUUUUUAUAUCAAUUUGAAUGCUGUCUUCAUUCUUUACUGUUCGAUCUUCUUGUCUUUCUGUGUGUUGGAAGAGAUUCUAUUCAUGACUAACUUCAGUUACUACUUAUGUCUAUAUAAGUAGCACACACACACACGCACCAUAAGAUUAUCAUAAUUUUCUCAUAACGGAUAUUUAUGAUUGAUUUCAUAUGGAUCUAUUGAUAAUAUUGAUUUUUUUCAACAAAUAUUUCAAUAUUCCAUAUAGAUACAAGUUAGCCUGUAACUGAAUCCAAUUACUUGAAGUUUAAAUCAAUGGAUAACAGAUCCCAAAUAUCCCUAUGAAUAUGAAUACAUGGAUAAAGUUAAAACUAAAUGAAAAUAUUGUAAAUUAAAAAGAAAAAAAAAAGAAAGAAAAUGUGUACUCAUGAAUAACAUGGUUAAGAAUUGGUGCAAAAAAAAAAAAAAAAAAACAGUGGCAUAAUCUUUUCUUUUAUAUUUUACCCCCCCCCCUUUACAAUAAAUCCAUUACAGUGUAUUCGUACUACAUAUACAUAUAUAUAUUUUAUAGUUUAGUAUUAUUGUGAAUAUAUUUCUUUUAUGUUUUCUUUUUUUCUUUAUUUGUUUUUUCUAUAUUUAAAGUACAACUUGACGACAAUCAUGAUUUAUGACUACCCAGUAAUGUGUUGAAUGUGAACAAAAAAAAAAAAAACCACAGAAAACUGAGGGUUCUUACACCAUUCUUACACCAUUCUUUCAACAAACCAAUAACCUAUUCAAUUAUGUUGACAAAUAAGAUUAUGAUUUACACAAUUAUACUUGUUAAUAACUACUUAUUUACUUCGUUAUAUCUGUUACUUCCAAUUGGGUAUAGUCCCACUGACCAGCAUUGUUUUUAACCCACCUCGUCUUAAGUCUUUCUUACUAGUAUUAUUCAAUGAUUGUUUUUAAUUCUUCUCAUGUUUAUCUGUUAUUAUUCUUCAAUGGAAUAUGCUCUUUUUAUGUUCCUCUCAUUGUUAAUAACAAUGAUUUAUAGUUAGUAAAUUAAAAGAAGAAGACGAAAAAACAAAUUCAAAUCAAGUGAAUAUAGAAAAACGAAUUUAUUUUUCCCUAAGGGCGUGGGGAGGGGGAAGUUAUAAAACUUGAACAAAUUUUCACGAAGUGAAUGAGGAGGGUAGGGAAGAGGUAAGGGUUAGGGGGAACAACAACUACUAAUAAUAAUCCUCAUUAUUUCAUAUAUAUAAUCAUUGCUCAAAAGUUUCUAUAAAAUUAUUUUUAAAAGAAUAUUAUUUGUAAUAUAAAUUAAUCAUUAAAAUAUAUAUUAUAUAAUGAAUUUAUAUUAUUGGAAAAUUCAUUAUACAAUGAAUAUACUACUGAUUAUGUUGAUCAUUAUGAUUCAUGAUUCCUUAUUAAUAACACAUAAAACAUUAAUUAAAAAUAGAAUAGAUGGUAGUAAUAUGGAAAUUGUUUGUAUAUUAGAUCAUGAUAAUUAUUGUAUAGAACAUUAUAUUGGAUUUUUAUUUAAUGAUGGUUGCCGUAAAUGUAUGUGUAAACAAGAUGGAGCAUAUUGUACUAGUAAACUAUGUAUGUAUUAUCAAAUAACUGAAACAAAUCCUGAAGAUUAUUGUAGAAAAUUAGUUGAUAUGAAUGAGAAUGGUACUAAUACCAUAUAUAGGAAUGAUAGAAAUAUAAGUGAUCAUCUUUAUGAUAAUCGAAGUUAUAUCCAUAAACCCGGUAAUGAAACCGAUGAAGAAGCGAAUAAUAAUAAUGAUCAACAAAAUGAUCAAGAUAAUUAUAAUAAUAAAAUCAAUACUACAUUGAAUAGAUCAAUGGAACCCAAUGAAAACACAACACUUUCUCCAUUAUAUACUGAAGAAACUAUAUUCACUGAUAAUAAUACUGAUGAAAUGAUCAGCUUCAAUCAGACUAUCAAUAAGACAUAUGAAUUGAAUAAAGAAGUAGAACAACAACAAUUACCUUCACAUAAUCUACAUGGUCAAAACAAAACAUUGAAUCAAUCGAUGAAUGUAUCAGUUGAAACGAUCAAAAACAAUACUGUUUCAUCACCGAUUACCACCCAUAAUGUUUCCAUAAUGAGAACUAAUCAAUCUUUAGGUCUUGAUAACGCAGUACGCUAUAAAGUAACAAAUCAAAGUGAUAAACAGUCUACAUUGAAAGAUCAAUAUAAAAUUCAACAAAAUACAAAUUCUAGUUUAUUCGAUGAUGAACAUUAUGGAGAUUAUGAUAAUGAUCAAGAACUAGAAACAAAUAAUACAUCCUCAACGAUAAACAAUGAGAAUUAUACCACUUCAACAGAACAAUAUAACAGUGAUAAUAAUAAUAAUAAUAAUAAUGACAGUACUGAAAAGAAUAAAUCACCUUCAGUUGAUGAGGCUAUACAAAAUGACGAAACUUCAGAUCAAAGUGAUGAAGAAAUCAUAAUAAAAAAUAUCCGUCCAGUAAUGAAUCGAUUAGGUAAAACAUUGAACUCAGAAAAUCCUGAUUUAUUCAUAACUCCUGCUGAGAAAAUUGUUAAUAAAGACUUAAUAGAUGUAGUUAUAGACAAUAAGAAUAUGACAAACAAUACUUCAGAUCAUGUUGAAUAUGAAAACACUGAAACAAAUGGAAAACUAGAAAAUGUCAAUAAUGGAAAUAAAAAUGUAAUUGUAAAUAAGGCAAAAGAGAAUAAUCACAUCAAUGAAAGUUCAACCAACAAACAACCUGUUCAUACGAUUAAUGGUAAACAAGUCGAUUCCAAUGUCUUGAACAUAAAGAAAGAUAAACAAAAACAACAAAGUAAUGUAUCUACACAAGAUGAUUCCAAUAAUUGGGUAUCUAGAGAAAUUACUGUUAGUAGUAGAACAGUAAAACUUCCAAAUGAAAAAUCAAUAAAAAAUAUGCAUGAACUGUUUCCACAUGGUGAUUUACCAUUUCUUGAAGUUGAAGAAAAAGAUACUCAAAGUUAUGAUGAUACAUUGCAUAGUAAACAUUCUCCACUUAAAACUCCUUUAAAACCUGUAUCUUUUACAACUAAUCAUCAUCAAGAUCAAGUAAUAGAAAGACUUGAAGAAUUACUUAAAAUGAUUAUUGAUAUUAAACAUUUAUUGGAAAUGUUAAAACCAUGCUUUCAACCAUCACCAUCACCACCACAACAGAAACCAAGAUAUCCUAUGAUAAAUAUACCAUUUCAUUCAAAACCGUCUAAACAUAAACUACUUGCUUAUUAA